AGAAAGCUUUUUAUUUAACAAACACUAAUCCCUUCCUUCUAUCUGCGAUGGGCCAGAAUAUUACGUAAAUAUUGAGGUUUCGUCAAUCGGAAACGCUAAACUCAUACGAAUGAAUGGAUAAAUGAAGCUGAAGCAUUCCCCAUAUUAAUUCACUCUUCACUCGCAGCAUUUAAACUGAUCACAGUCUGGCACACCGUGAGUUACUUCAAAACGGCCCUGAAAUGGAAUCCCGUCUUAAGCGACUUUCUAUGCACUUGGAAGCGAACGACGAGAGUGAAUGGAUCAAGAGUGGCACGUACAGUUCAUCCCUGUUCCUCUACAAGGAUGAAAAUCUGAGCGUUCUCCAUUCGAACCUCAGAGAAGACCAAACCGCCUUCAUGAAGGCAUUUUUACUCAGAAGACUUACCAAAAAUGCCAUCUACAUUGGCACUGGGAACUUUUCCGUCAUGGAAUAUAGUUUGAACAGCAACACGCUGACGCCAGCAACGUGCUUUUACGUAUCAUUCCGCCAUCCCGAUGAAAAUUCCGAGACUUGUCAGUCACAAGUGAUUUUUUGUCUGGUUGCACCCCCGGAAGCGCAGCUGGAAAUUUACAGAACUGAACUGCAAGCGUUCUGCAAAAGACAAGUAAACUUUAUGCAAGAGGAGUCUUUUGCAGACAGACUGAAGCUUUGGCCAUUCCACGCGAUUGGAUUUUUCGGCAGAGUUCUAAACAACCUGGGCUUGAAAAUUUCGUACCUGCUUGAGGCAGUCUUGCGGCAGUACAAAAUCAACGUCAGCGCCGACUUGGACUCGCAGCUGCAAGCAGACAUACAUUCCUUCAUCAGCUCGGCAAGUUUGGCCGAGCUGCUGUCCAUCGUGACUGCGCCAGAGGACCGAACGACGAUUACAUUUGGACCGGAGCUCUUGUCCAAUCUCAAUCCAGAAACGGACAAACUGGAGGCAGUCAAUUUAAAUGGAUCAGUGGACCUGGAUGUGAGCCCUUUCUGUCUGAAUUGGGGAAAGCUAUUCGAUCACGUUUCUAGUUCACCGACCACGAUUAAAAAGACCGUGGAGUCCUUUAAGCUGAAAAUCAUCCAGGACAUGAAUGACUUGCGGAGAGCCUUGAAGCAGGCAGAAACGGACUAUUACAGUCUUUAUUUUGUCUACCUAUUCCUGAAAAACACUGGGUACAAAUCGACUCUGCUGGAGUAUGCCAAACAAGAGAGUGAUUCGCCAAAGGACGUCAUCAGCAUUCUGCAGAGAUUUAACGGCUAUGAGCACAACAUCCAAAAUCUCAAGGCUUCAGGAUGCGAAGACUAAGUCGGUUUAAUUUCUGCGGAAACUAUUUCGGUACUUAAAAUAGAGUUAUUAUUUUUUCUGUUAUGUGAUAGAGCAAAGGGCCAUCCUAAAAUUUCGUAAACUUAAAAUAGAUCAUUCCUCUUAAUUUUUGAAAUAGAUAUUUACACGUUUGUUAUACAUAUAUUAUUUCACAUGAUUAAAUUAAAACGAAACCUAAUUUGCA